AUGGCUACUGCGAGAAUACCUUUUUCUAAUGUAACUUAAGUGAACAAGGGGGAUAGACUAUCAGCAACACUUGGGGAGAAAGUGGAGAAGAGUGCAAAUGCUGAAAAACAAUUUGUACCUACAAACACAGAAAUUAACAAUGUGAAAAAUUCAUUGGAUGAGUUGUAAUUGGAGAACGUGGACAAAUAGACACUUAUUCAAUAACUGAAAUUGCAUAAAAUCAUAUUGAAGCAUUGUUUUGAAGAGAAUGAUAUAUUGAGGGAACGAAUAGCAGCAAUCGAAGCAUAAUUCAGUAAUUUGUAAGAUGAAAUUGAAAUGAGAGACAAUGUGAUACUGGAAUUGAGUGAGAAACUUGAAUAGAAAGAGAAGGAGUGAUUAAUUUUUGUUAUUAUAUUUAUUUUAAAACUCUUAUAAAAA